UAGAAAAUGUUAAGUGCAGCCAAGUGUUUUGGAAACUGGUGAUUUCUUUACCUGACCCAGACUACAUACAGACAGACCACCAAGGUCAAAGUCUAAGUAAUCUCACUAAAUGGCUGAAGGCCAAAUUCUCAAGAGGGACCCCCAAAUCUGACCAACAUUCUUCAGUACAGAAUGAACUGCUGAGUUUGUAUACUGUACCUGUUACACAUGAAUCAAUGUCAGGCAGUCUGGGUCUUUGUGUGAGGCUCCUGGAGGGUAAUAUAUCCAUUUCUGAUGUACGUGGUUCCCUUCUGGGAACCUCUUGUCUUCUUUUUGUUAUGCCUCCACCCCUCAAUGAAGAUCCAGAGUGGCUUCUAUUGGAAGAAGAAAAAAGAAGAUUAGAAGAUCUCCUUAUGAGCAAGCCAACCUCUCCUGCUCUCUCAUUGGUUGAAUUGUGUCCAGUCCCAGCCCAUGAAAAUUUAGAUGAGGACUUUAUAAUGAGAUGUCUGAAUAUUGAUGAGCUGGUUGCUGAUGGGAAGAUAAGUGACCUGUCCCUCUGUGUUGUGAAAUAUGAUGAAGAUUUUCCUCAAGGUAUGGAUGUUGAGGAACCCGAGGUCACAGAAAAAUUAUCAGAGAGUGUGAGGUGGCUGACAGAACACUCCCCUGAUCCUCCCAGUUUGAGGGUCCAGUAUU